AUGGGGUUGCACUAUACCACUAGCAACGAUAUCGUGCUCAAUAAUCACCAACCCAGCAGGAGGAUAUCCACACCAUCCCUCAGGGCGUUAGUGACCACAUACUCGCGAAGCAGAGGUGGUAAUGAACAUUGCAGCAGCACCAGGCAAGGUCCAGAGGGCAAGCAUGCAUUCACUUUGGCGAGAGUCGUCCCGGGGGCGCAUGCGUCACUCAAGAUGCCCAGGCAAGAUGACAUUAGGAGGGGGCACAGGGCCAAUAGGGCCAGAAGGGCAAAGGCCCCAGCGCAAGAAGAACAGACAGGGCAAGCGCAAAGUAAGGAAGAACCCAGGGCAGAACAGUGGGCACUGGGCAAGAAGAACAAGCAUAGGCGCAGAGGGCUCCAGGGAAGGCGAGACGAGGGCGAUAAGCUAGGGCAGGCCAAAAGACAGCGCAGGUUCACAGAGCAACUCAAAUCAAACAGGAACGCGAAAAAGAGGGGUAGAAGGGAGGCCCCGGACCCGGACGGACGAAGAGGCCGCGGGAAAACCCAAAGCCGACCGGCCGGGGGGCCCGGGGGGCCCGAACGCAAAAAAGCCGGCAAGCUCGCAGGGGCCCAGAGGAAGGAGGUAGGGAGGGCCCCAAAAGAAGACCCAGAGAACCGGCCGAUGCUUCCAGACACCCAAAGGAACAGGGAAACGAGAGGGAGCACCCGCAACGAGGGGAGGGAUAUGGGUGCGAACGAGGGCCGACGAGGGGCCGGAGGACAGACACCAAGGGACAACCCUGGGCGCCGCACCGAGGCCCGCAAAUGGCCAAAAACGACGGCAACCGCAGAGGGGGCAAGGAGAUGCGAGCAGGCGAAAGCAGACGAAGGAAAGAACAAGGAGCACCCGGAAGAACCCAGGAGCCGAGAGGGGGGAGGCCCCCGACGACGACCGAGGAAAAGCUGCAUGCGUGAGACGGGGAGACGCAAGAGCCCCGAGAGGCGGCGGGGGGGGGGGGCCGAGAAGCGAUGGGGCCGGAAAAGUCAGAAACUGAAACGGGAGGGGAAAAGGCCAGAAGUGGAGCGCGACCCCGAUAGAGACGCCGAUGCCGUGCCAGAAACCAAGGCGGCGCCGGAGAAAGGGAACGGCAAGCGAAAAGGGAGGCCAACAGAUCGGCCGGUGCCGAGCAGGCAGGAUCCAGGCACGAAAAUAGGUGCUAGAGGGAGAGAGAACAAGGAGUGA